AUGUCCAGUGUAUCGCCCUUUCGGAUUGUGAUUGUCGGGGGCGGCAUCGCGGGGAUGACCGCCGCCAUCGCGUUGCGCGGGCCCAACAGACACAUCACCGUCUUGGAACAGUCACGAUUGAACAAGGAGAUCGGAGCUCUGAUCUCGCUCCAGCCGAAUGCAUCCAAGAUUGUUAGCUCGACUUGGGGCCUGCACCACGAGUUGAAGGAGGCGCGGGCCAUGGUGGAUGAAGGGUUUCGCAUCUACAACACCGAUGGCCAGUUAGUCAACACCGUCCCGCUCUUGACCAAGACGCAAUAUGGAGCCGACCGUCUCUGCUUUCACCGGCGAGACCUGCAUGACCAACUAAAAAGCGCGGCCAUCUCGCCUGACCGGGCAGGGGAGCCUGUCAUCAUCCGUGUGGCCACUCGAGUUGUCGAUUGCGACCCGCUGGAAGGGACCGUGACUCUCGAUGGCGGAGAGAUCGUUGCUGGAGAUUUGAUUGUGGGCGCCGAUGGAAUCAUGCUUCGCAAACACGUAUUGCAGGAAGAACCCUCGCCCACUCUUACCGGGCACUCAGUCCCAGCUUAUCGUCUUAUGAUACCCACCGAAGUUCUGGAGAAGGAAGUACCCGAGUUCUGCGCCAAGAUCAAUCCUCGCGAUCCCUUCACGUCAAUGAUUGUCGCACAGAAUUGUCGCCUGGUGAUGGGCCCGGGGAGACAAGGCGAGGUCUUUGGCAUUGUAGCCCUUGUCCCCGAUGAACAAAUGAAUGAGGACCCUGCGUCCAAGCAGUCAUGGGUAUCCGAGGGCAAUUUGAGCCAGAUGCUCGCUACUUUUGCGGAGUUUCCGGCUUGGGUCACCAACAUCUUCAAGCAUUCCGCGGAUCUGGGACUCUGGCAGCUGCGUGAUCUGAAUCCACUUGAAACCUGGCAUCGUGGCCGAGUGAUCCUCAUUGGAGAUGCGGCCCACGCCAUGCUCCCUACUCAAGGCCAAGGGGCCAGUCAAGCAAUCGAGGAUUCCGAGGCCCUGGGUGCUUUCUUUGAUGACAUGACUCAGGUACCGUCCCUGGAGGCCCUGGAAAAGGCUCUAGAGGAUAUCUUCCAAGCUCGAUACUCGCGAGUCAGCCUGAUUCAAACAUAUAGCAGAGAAGCCGCCAAACCCGCGGCAGUCAAGAAGACCGUCACCUUAAAAGUUAAAGCCCGUAAACGCUCGAGCCAGUUUUGGGCCCUGCAAUGGACCGGCUCGUCAUUCAUGAUCGCGGGCGGAUCCCAGUCUCCCCAGUCUCCCCAGUCUCCCCAACUUCUCCAAGUUCUCCAGUCUUGUCGGCCCCGGGAUUGGCGGUGGCCCGCAAAACAGACGCCUCCCGAGGUCAACCGACCCUCUCAAGGCGCCUUAAAGCCGGCGCGUCCCCCUCCAGCCUCCCCAGCUCCCGAGAUCGCCAUGUCUGGCAGUCCGGAGACCCCGCGACGUUCUCCACGCAAGACCGCCAAUCACCAUUGUCCACACUGCGACAAGACCUACGAGCGACCGGAUCAUCUGGCCCGCCAUCUGGAUUCCCGUGCGCUUGAUUCAAAUCCUCUUCAAUUGGGCUGGGCUGACCAAGGACCAGAUCGCAACGAACGCGUUUAUCAAUGUCCCACCUGCCAACGGGGGUUUAAUCGCCGAGACGUUCUGCAGCGGCACCAGGCGGUUCAUGAAAGAGACAUCACCGAAGGGAAAUCGUCCGCUCGUCGCACCCGAGAGCGCGCGAUCGAAGCCUGCGAGGCAUGUGCGGCUGCCAAAUUGAGCUGCGACAAUGAAAGACCGUGUAAACGAUGCCAUACCAAACAAAUGGAGUGCGUUCCAAAGCCGUCGAGAGACCCUCGCAGGCUGAACGACCGGGUUUCAUAUCCAAUUUCUCUCCCAGCAUACUCUCCUCAGAUAAACGGCCAGGUUACCGGUCAAUCAUCGGAUCUUCCGGUCUUGACGGACACACCAGGCUCGGGGCCAUCCGAAUUCAGCGGACCCCCGGCGCCGACUUCAUACUCCGGCAGUACCCAGGGCAUUUAUGAGCCCAACCUUGCCCCAGCGGAUGAAAUGGCUCUGAGUCCCUUCAUUUCGCAGAGAAACUUGCAGACAUAUUCCGCACUCAGCGGUUUCCCAGCCUUCUUUGAGCAGGUCAUGCUGCCCGGCUUGGAUACGGAAGAGGCAACCCAAGGAACACAGCAACCGCGCGCGUUCGACUUUAUGCAGGAUACUGAUUUCACUUUGUCAGAAAAUGACAUUUUUGGUACGGAUUUCAUUCCGGACUUGGAUAAGAUACUCGAUACCGUGGGACCCUUUACUGGAUUUGAAGACCACCAGCAUCCUUCACCCGACGACCAAGAGUCUGUUAGUCGGCGCGCAGCGGCUUUUAAACGCUCUCUUUGGUUGUGGGUGCCAGAAAAAAACCAGCAUGCCUUUAGUGAGGAGGGAAGAAUUCCUAUGCGUGACAGUGACAGCAUCCCCUCAACACAUCAGCUGCGACUAGAUGCCCUUCAGAUUCCCGGAAACCUUUCUGCACAGGCAAGAGAUGACAUUUUCAAGUUGGUUAUCCGGACUGCAGGAUCCCGACUAUCGAUUUCUGCAUUCCCAUCGGCCGACUACCUCGACACCCUCAUCAAGAUUGGGAUUGGCAAACGAGUUGAGACUGAUGCAUGGAUCCAUCUGUAUACAUUCUACGAUCUACAAUAUCAGCAAUUGCGCCCGGAGCUUCUGACAGCUCUUGUUGCUGCGGGGUGUGUCUGUUGCGGGAUGCCGUCAAUAAACAAGACGGGCAUUAUCUUACAAGAAAUUACGAGAGUUGGCCUUGCACAAUUGGUUGAGGAUGAUAACAGCGUCCUCCGAGAUCUCCAGUACCUGCAAGCUUCAAUGCUGUGGCUCGAUAUCGGAAUCUUUUGUGGGUUCACUCGUAAAAUGCAAAUUGCAGAAAGCUACCUACAGCCUCUCUGCACGGCUGUCCGACGAGCCGCAGCAUUUGACCGAUCAACUUAUACCAUCACCACUCCGCAUUCGUUUAGCGACGAUGACGAAUCGUUGAACAAAGCCUGGCAUGUUUGGGUCAAACAAGAGUCCCUCAAAAGGCUCGUAUAUCACCUCUUCGGCCACGAUGUGGAGGUAGCCGCUGCCAUGAACCGACCUGCCAUUAUUUCAUAUACAGAGUUAACCUUACCUUUCCCCGCCGCUCGGGAUUUAUGGCUGGCUCCUACGGCUCGAGCCUGGAAAGACAUCUGGACGCGACGAUAUCGGACAAUAGGCCUAUCCGAACUAAACCUCCGCGACUUGCUCUCGGACCCAUCCUUGAUAGGUAAUUUUCCACCAGAGCUCGAUCUGGAGAUUGCUAGGUCGGCUCUUCUACAGGGCCUCGCCCUCCAGGUCUGGGAGUUCCGGCAGCAGAUGCUGUUAUCUCAAGGAUCUUCUCGUGCUACAACUAGACUAUGGCUACAGAGUCGGCAAGAAGAUCUGUAUACGAUACUUAGAGCGGUUCAGAACGACUCUCCCAACCCGCCACCGGUUACAAGACUAAUGAAUGAAUUCGUCAUGAUGUAUCUCCACAUCGACAUUGAUGCAAUCCAACGCUUCGUCGGAAAGAUGGGGGAGCUUGAUGCGCGCCGCGCCUAUCCUGGGCUACGCGACUGGAGCCGGACAAAAGAAGCUCGAACAGCGAUCUGGCACGCCGGUCAAGUAUUUCGAGCGGCGCGAGACGUGAGUGCCCACCAAUUCCGUGGCUUUGACUCCCUCUCAAUCUACCAUGCUGCGCUCGUUCUGUGGGUCUAUGGGCUCCUUCAAUGUGGAGAAUCCCGGCACCUGGAGGUCACCACUCCGAUGAGCGAAGCCGAUAAGACGCCUCCGGUUCCACUUGACGGGCCCGAAGACCAGGGGACGCGGGCAUUCUUAGGUCAUGGGAUCGGGCAUCCGGGACUCACCAUGCUCCAAUUGCGUGGGGGACAUUCGGGCGAUGUCAAGGUCUUCUGUGAACUGAUUAAACCCCGCUCGGUGAUGGCAGUGGCGCGACAAGUCUUCGAGGGCAAUUGUCCCCUCCCAUUACCGGAUGAUGUUCUCCCACCGAUGAUCCAGAAUUUGUGUGCUUUGAUCCAGGACCUGGGCAGCCUUCCAUGA